UUAUGGGUAGAGAAAAAGGGGCAAAAAUAAAUAAAUAAAUAAAUUAUAUAGAGGCACCAAAGAAACCCUAGAUUUUUAAAAUAAAUAAAAUUAAAUAAUAAAACUAGUUAUCAAUGUCUUUCCUUCAUAAUAGAAAAGUAAUGAAAAUCCCUAACAGGUCCUCUAUCAAUCUCAUUCUACAUGCAAUUGGGUCUAAGCAUGGUUUUGCAACUAUUUAGAUUGGCGAGGUGCAUCUAAUACUUUUCUAUUGCUGCACAAGGGAGUCUGUCAUCCUUGGUUGGGGAUGACCCUGACCAAUUCUUACGCUGCCAAGGCAUCUGUUUUGGAGGAAAUAAUUCAAAAGUUCCCUCAUAUCAGCAAUGGAAUUAUUGUUAAAGACGUAAUGAAAGGGUCUCCUGCAGCACAUGCUGGAAUAGUCUCCAAAGACAUUAUAGUGGAAUGUGAUGGAGAAGUUGUUAGAUGUUCCUUAGAGUUUUGUAGAAUGGUGUGGAAUAGGGCUAGCCAAUCCGUGGAAGUGGUUGUGAUGAGACCAAGUUCCAGCAAGCCUGUAAAGCUAACUAUGGUUGCUGAUGAGUUAAAACCUGCUAGCUAUAACUGUUGGCCAGUUCCCGCAGAUAAAGAGUAUGCUGCAGUUAUAUGGAGAUCAAUUGAUUUAGCAGUGCAAAAAGCUACCACGUGGCUCGAUACUUAAUGUGUCGGAUUGUUUCUCUGCAAGUAUCACAGGGCGGGGCGCUGCUCCAUCAAAUGUUUAUAACUUUAGAAGGAGAAACUAUCUGGUUUACUUGCUAAAAUACGUGUUUAUUGUUUUUGACACAUCUCAAGCAAAAAAGCAAAGUAUAUUUUUCAUGAUUUAAGUGUGGCAAUCUUGGGCUUGGGGUGUUUUGUGACUGCAUGUCUAGGACAAGAUGGAUGUUUUGUUAUGUUUUCACUAUAAACAACCAGAAAACACCUUAAAUUUGGUGAUGUUUUGUUAUUGUGAAGAUUAUUGAAGUAGAUCAUAGAUGGUUACUUCUUAAA